CUGGGCUGGACAGUACACCACCCCGAGUACCUAGAUAGCUAACGUUACGAGGAUUGGGGUAGGCCAAAUACACCUAAAUUGGGCUUCAUCACAUCUUGGGAAGAAGGUGCCUUCAACCAAAUAAGUUUUGAUAGACAAACGGCGAGAUAAUUUGCUCAUAAUGGCCUCAGAAGAGCUUUAUGAGGUGAGUUAGCAAGCUGCUAUCCACUGCUAGCUAGCGUUAUCUGAAAUGUUUUUUUUGGUUCGUGUAGCUAGCUAGCUACUUAGCCAGCUAGCUCCCUGGCUUGAAAGCAACCUAACAUUAGCUUCAUUAAAAUGUAAGGCCAGGACGCGUUGCCUACUAGAGUACUACUGUAGGUCGAAGUUGGGCCACCUUACGAUAGCCUAUCAUAUUUAUUAGCAUGAGGAUCUGCUGUGUUAUUUGCUAGCUAGAUCUGUGUGCUGUUGUGAUUAGAUACGGGCAGCGAUAGCCACGGCACGGGGUCUGUUGUCUUCUUGGCUAGUUUUAACUUAGUGAGUUAGCUAGUCAGCUUUUGUACUUUCCACUGUCUGUUAUAAAUUGAACCCAGAAUAUUUUGCCUCACUUCUCCAGGUGUAUAACUAACAAUGAUUCACAAACAAUUGUGGCCAGUUUUUUUUUUUUUUAACACGCCAAUCCAACAUUUUAGGCGUAUGCUUUCAGAUAUAAUAUUAAAGUACUAUUCUAUAUGUAAUUAUGUGAAUGCUUUCCAAUCUCUAGUUAAUAGUAUGCUAACUAUUAUAGGUAGCCAAGUCUACCCCUAUCCUAUCUAGACCGUAUGAGAUAAUGGUGUAAAGUUACAUUGAACAUUUUAGUUUCAAACUCAACAUACUCAUUGGCUUUCUAUGAAGAUCAAGUUUGCCAUUUACUGGUAGUUAAAUUGCCUUCAUUGGAAAUCUUACUCACAGAGCUCUCACAUUAGAAACAGCUAGACAGAUAACAUAGGCCUACAAAUAGCUACAGCGAUCAUUCAUAUAUAUAUAUAUAUAUAUAUAUUACUGUUCAAAAGUUUGGGGUCACUUAGACAUUUCGUUGUUUUUGAAAGAAAAACAAUUUUUUUUGUCCAUUAAAAUAACAUCAAAUUGAUCAGAAAUACAGUGUAGACAUUGUUAAUGUUGUAAAUGGCUAUUGUAGCUGGAAACGGCUGAUUUUUAAUGGAAUAUCUAUAUAGGCGUACAGAGGCACAUUAUCAGCAACCAUCAGUCAUGUGUUCAAAUGGCACAUUGUGUUUGCUAAUCCAAUCAUUUUAAAAGGCUAAUUGAUCUUUAGAAAACCCUUUUGCAAUUAUGUUAGCACAGCUGAAAACUGUUGUGCUGAUUUAAAGAAGCCUUCUUGAGACUACUUGAGUAUCUGGAGCAUCAGUAAUUGUGGGUUAGAUUACAGGCUCAAAAUGGCCAGAAACAAAGAACUGAAACUCGUCAGUCUAUUAUUUUUCUGAGAAAUGAAGGCUAUUCCAUGCGAGAAAUUGACAAGAAACUGAAGAUCUUGUACAACGCUGCGUACUACUACAGAACAGCGCAAACUGCCUCUAACCAGAAUAGAAAGAGGAGUGGGAGGCCCCGGUGCACAACUGAGCAAGAGGACAAAUACAUUAGUGUCUAGUUUGAGAAACAGACGCCUCACAGGUUCUCAACUGGCAGCAUCAUGAAAUAGUACCCGCAAAACACCAGUCUCAACGUCAACAGUGAAGAGGCGACUCCGGGAUGCUGACCUUCUAGGCAGAGUUGCAAAGAAAAAGCCAUAUCUCAGACUGGCCAAUAAAAAGGAAAGAUUAAGAUGGGCAAAAGAACACAGACACUGGACUUUUUCUUUGCAACUCUGCCUAGAAGGUCAGCAUCCCGGAGUUGCCUCUUCACUGUUGACGUUGAGACUGGUGUUUUGUGGGUACUAUUUAAUGAAGCUGCCAGCUACAAUAGCCAUUUACAACAUUAACAAUGUCUAAACUGUAUUUCUGAUACAUUUGAUGUUUUUUUAAUGGACCCAAAAAAUGCUAGUGUAGUGUAUGUGUAUGUGUGUGUAUAUAUAUAUAUGUGGUCCUCUGUAGCUCAGCUGGCAGAGCACGGCGCUUGUAAUGUCAAGAUGGUGGGUUCGAUCCCCGGGACCACCCAUACACAAAAAUGUAUGCACGCAUGACUGUAAGUCGCUUUGGAUAAAAGCGUCUGCUAAAUGGCAUAUUAUUAUAUAUAUAUAUAUAAUGUGCCUUUAAAAGUAAUUUCCUCUCAAUCUUAAAUAAACAUGCCCCAUUCAAAAAAUACAGAACUAAGAACAGAUAUAGCCCCUGGUUCUCCUCAGACUUGACUGCCCUUGACCAGCACAAAAACAUCCUGUGGCGUACUGCAUUAGCAUCAAAUAGCCCCCGCGAUAUGCAACUUUUCAGGGAAGUUAGGAACCAAUAUACACAAGCAGUUAGGAAAGCAAAGGCUAACUUUUUCAAACAGAAAUUUGCUUCCUGUAGCACUAACUCCAAAAAGUUUUGGGACACUGUAAAGUCCAUGGAAAAUAAGAGCACUUCCUCCCAGCUGCCCACUGCACUGAGGCUAGGAAACACUAUCACCACCGAUAAAUCUACAAUAAUCGAGAAUUUCAACAAGCCAUUUUGCUACGGCUGGCCAUGCUUUCCACCUGGCUACCACUACCCUGGCCACCAGCUCUGCACCCUCCGCUGCAACUUGCCCAUGCCCCCCCCCCCGCUUCUCCUUCACACAAAUCCAGACAGCUGAUGUUCUGAAAGAGCUGCAAAAUCUGGACCCCUACAAAUCUUCUGGGCUAGACAAUCUGGACCCUUUCUUUCUAAAACUAGCCGCCGAAAUUGUCGCAACCCCUAUUACUAGCCUGUUCAACCUCUCUUUCGUAACGUCUGAGAUCCCCAGAGAUUGGAAAGCUGCCGCGGUCAUCCCCCUCUUCAAAGGGGGUGACACUCUAGAUCCAAACUGUUACAGACCCAUAUCCAUAUCAAAAGUUUUUGAAAGCCAAGUCAACAAACAGAUCACCGACCAUUUCGAAUCCCACCGUACCUUCUCCGCUAUGCAAUCCGGUUUCCGAGCUGGUCAUGGGUGCACUUCAGCCACGCUCAAGGUCCUAAACGAUAUUAUAACCGCGAUCGAUAAUAGACAGUACUGUGCAGCCGUUUUCAUUGACCUGGCCAAGGCUUUCGACUCUGUCAACCACCGCAUUCUUAUUGGCAGACUAAAUAGCCUUGGUUUCUCAAAUGACUGCCUCGCCUGGUUCACCAACUACUUCUCAGAUAGAGUUCAAUGUGUCAAAUCGGAGGGCCUGUUGUCUGGACCUAUGGUAGUCUCUCUGGGGGUGCCACAGGGUUCAAUUCUUGGGCCGACUCUUUUCUCCGUGUAUAUCAAUGACGUCGCUCUUGCUGCUGGUGACUCUCAGAUCCACCUCUACGCAGACGACACCAUUUUGUAUACAUCUGGCCCUUCAUUGGACACUGUGUUAACAAACCUCCAAACGAGCUUCAAUGCCAUACAACACUCCUUCAGUAGCCUCCAACUGCUCUUAAACACUAGUAAAACUAAAUGCAUGCUCUUCAACCGAACGCUGCUUGCACCCGCCCACCCGACUAGAAUCACUACUCUCGACGGGUCUGACCUAGAGUAUGUGGACAACUACAAAUAUCUAGGUGUCUGGUUAGACUGUAAACUCUCCUUCCAGACUCACAUUAAGAAUCUCCAAUCCAAAGUUAAAUCUAGAAUCGGUUUCCUAUUUCGCAACAAAGCCUCCUUCACUCAUGCUGCCAAACAUGCCCUCGUAAAACUGACUAUCCUACUGAUCCUUGACUUCGGCGAUGUCAUUUACAAAAUAGCCUCCAACACUCUACUCAGCAAAUUGGAUGUAGUCUAUCACAGUGCCAUCCGUUUUUGUCUCCAAAGCCCCAUAUAAUAGCCACCACUGUGACCUGUACGCUCUUGUUGGCUGGUCCUCACUACAUAUUCGUCGCCAAACCCACUGGCUCCAGGCCAUCUAUAAAUCACUGCUAGGCAAAUCCCCGCCUUAUCUUAGCUCAUUGGUCACCAUAGCAACACCCACCCGUAGUCUGCGCUCCAGCAGGUAUAUCUCACUGGUCAUCCCCAAAGCCAACACCUCCUUUGGCCGCAAUUCCUUCCAGUUCUCUGCUGCCAAUGACUGGAACAAAUUGCAAAAAUCUCUGAAGCUGGAGACACUUAUCUCCCUCACUAACUUUAAGCAUCAGUUGUCAGAGCACCUUACCGAUCACUGCACCUGUACACAGCCCAUCUGAAAUUAGCCCGCCCAACUACCUCAUCCCUAUAUUGUUAUUUAUUUUGCUCAUUUGUACCCCAGUAUCUCUAUUUGCACAUCAUCUCUUGCACAUCUAUCAUUCCAGUGUUAAUACUAAUUGUAAUUAUUUUGCACUAUAGCCUAUUUAUUGCCUUACCUCCAUAACUUGCUACAUUUGCACACACUGUAUAUAUAUGUAUUUCUGUUGUAUUUUUGACUUUGUUUUGUUUUACCCCAUAUGUAACUCUGUGUUGUUGUUUUUAUCGCACUGCUUUGCUUUAUCUUGGCCAGGUCGCAGUUGUAUAUGAGAACUUGUUCUCAACUGGUUUACCUGGUUAAAUAAAGGUGAAAUAAAAAUAAAAUAAAUAUAUAUAUAUAUAUAUAUAUAUAUUCCAACAGUCUUGAAGGAGUUCCCACAUAUGCUGAGCACUUGUUGGCUGCUUUUCCUUCACUCUGCAGUCCAACUCAUCCCAAACCAUCUCAAUUGGGUUAAGGUUGGGUGAUUGUGGAUGCCAGGUCAUCUGAUGCAGCACUCCAUCACUCUCCUUCUUGGUAAAAUAGCCCUUACACAGCCUGGAGGUGUGUUGGGUCAUUGUCCUGUUGAAAAACAAAUGAUAGUCCCACUAAGCCCAAACCAGAUGGGAUGGCGUAUCGCUGCAGAAUGCUGUAGUAGCCAUGCUGGUUAAGUGUGCCUUGAAUUCUAAAUAAAUCACUAGACAGUGUCACCAGCAAAGCACCCCCACACCAUAACACCUCCUCCUCCAUGCUUUACUGUGGGAAAUACACAUGCAGAGAUCAUCCGUUUACCCACACCGCGUUUCACAAAGACACAGCGGUUGGAACCAAAAAUCUCAAAUUUGGACUCCAGACCAAAGGACACAUUUCCACCGGUCUAAUGUCUAUUGCUCGUGUUUCUUGGCCCAAGCAGAUCUCUUCUUAUUAUUGGUGUCCUUUAGUAGUGGUUUCUUUGCAGCAAUUUGACCAUGAAGGCCUGAUUCACACAGUCCCCUAUGAACAGUUGAUGUUGAGAUGUGUCUGUUACUUGAACUCUAUAAAGCAUUUAUUUGGGCUGCAAUUUCUGAGGCUGGUAACUCUGAUUAACUUUCCUCUGCAGCAGAGGUAACUCUGGGUCUUCCAUUCCUGUAGUGGUCCUCAUGAGAGCCAGUUUCAUUAUAGCGCUUGAUGGUUUUUGCGAACUGCACUUGAAGAAACUUUCAAAGUUCUUGAAAUGUUUCCGUAUUGACUGACCUUCAUGUCUUAAAGUAAUGAUGGACUGUCGUUUCUCUUUGCUUAUUUGAGCUGUUCUUGCCAUAAUAUGGACUUGGUCUAUUACCAAAUAGGGCUAUCUUCUGUAUACCCCCCCCCCUACCUUGUCACAACACAACUGAUUUGGCUCAAACGCAUUAAGAAGGAAAGAAAUUCCACAAAUUAACUUUUAAGAAGGCUCACCUGUUAAUUGAAAUGCAUUCCAAGUGACUACCUCAUGAAGUUGGUUGAGAGAAUGCCAAAAGUGUGCAAAGCUGUCAUCAAGGCAAAGGGUGGCUACUUUGAAGAAUCUCAAAUAUAAAAUAUAUUUUGAUUUGUUGAACACUUUUUUUGGUUACUACAUGAUUCCAUAUGUGUUAUUUCAUAGUUUUGAUGUCUUCACUAUGAUUUUACAUUGUAGAAAAUAGUAAAAAUAAAGAAAAACCCUGGAAUGAGUAGGUGUGUCCAAACUUUUGACUGGUACUAUAUAUAUACAGUGGGGAGAACAAGGACUUGAUACACUGCCGAUUUUGCAGGUUUUCCUACUUACAAAGCACGUAGAGGUCUGUAAUUUUUAUCAUAGGUACACUUCAACUGUGAGAGACGGAAUCUAAAACAAAAUUCCAGAAAAUCACAUCGUAUGAUUUUUAAGUAAUUAAUUUCCAUUUUAUUGCAUAACAUUAUUUGAUACAUCAGAAAAGCAGAACUUAAUAUUUGGUACAGAAACCUUUGUUUGCAAUUACAGAGAUCAUACGUUUCCUGUAGGUCUUGACCAGGUUUGCACACACUGCAGAAGGGAUUUUGGCCCACUCCUCCAUACAGACCUUCUCCAGAUCCUUCAGGUUUCGGGGCUGUCGCUGGGCAAUACGGACUUUCAGCUCCCUCCAAAGAUUUUCUAUUUGGUUCAGGUCUGGAGACUGGCUAGGCCACUCCAGGACCUUGAGAUGCUUCUUACGGGGCCACUCCUUAGUUGCCCUGGCUGUGUGUUUCGGGUCGUUGUCAUGCUGGAAGACCCAGCCACGACCCAUCUUCAAUGCUCUUACUGAGGGAAGGAGGUUGUUGGCCAAGAUCUCGCGAUACAUGGUCCCAUCCAUCCUCCCCUCAAUACGGUGCAGUCGUCCUGUCCCCUUUGCAGAAAAGCAUCCCCAAAGAAUGAUGUUUCCACCUCCAUGCUUCACGGUUGGGAUGGUGUUCUUGGGGUUGUACUCAUCCUUCUUCUUCCUCCAAACACGGCGAGUGGAGUUUAGACCAAAAAGCUCUAUUUUUGUCUCAUCAGACCACAUGACCUUCUCCCAUUCCUCCUCUGGAUCAUCCAGAUGGUCAUUGGCAAACUUCAGACAGGCCUGGACAUGCGCUGGCUUGAGCAGGGGGACCUUGCGUGCGCUGCAGGAUUUUAUUCCAUGACGGCGUAGUGUGUUACUAAUGGUUUUCUUUGAGACUGUGGUCCCAGCUCUCUUCAGGUCAUUGACCAGGUCCUGUCGUGUAGUUCUGGGCUGAUCCCUCACCUUCCUCAUGAUCAUUGAUGCCCCACGAGGUGAGAUCUUGCAUGGAGCCCCAGACCGAGGGUGAUUGACCGUCAUCUUGAACUUCUUCCAUUUUCUAAUAAUUGCGCCAACAGUUGUUGCCUUCUCACCAAGCUGCUUGCCUAUUGUCCUGUAGCCCAUCCCAGCCUUGUGCAGGUCUACAAUUUUAUCCCUGAUGUCCUUACACAGCUCUCUGGUCUUGGCCAUUGUGGAGAGGUUGGAGUCUGUUUGAUUGAGUGUGUGGACAGGUGUCUUUUAUACAGGUAACGCGUUCAAACAGGUGCAGUUAAUACAGGUAAUGAGUGGAGAACAGGAGGGCUUCUUAAAGAAAAACUAACAGGUCUGUGAGUGCUGGAAUUCUUACUGGUUGGUAGGUGAUCAAAUACUUAUGUCAUGCAAUAAAAUGCAAAUUAAUUACUUAAUCAUACAAUGUGAUUUUUGUUUUAGAUUCCGUCUCUCACAGUUGAAGUGUACCUAUGAUAAAAAUUACAGACCUCUACAUGCAAAAUCGGCAGUGUAUCAAAUACUUGUUCUCCCCACUGUAUAUAUAUAAAAUUUGAAAUCAAAGCUGAUAGGAGGUCAAUCAUGAAGUAGGCUAAUACAAUAAACAGGCCCAAUCAGCCAUGAAGUCAUCUAUUCACACUACUGCCUGUUGGUAGAGUAACUGCCUUUCUGAACCUGGUGGUUCUACUCGAUACAUCUCUGGAAUAUCACAGUUGAUUUGAUCAUAUGUCUGAUUGUUUCUCACAUGUAGCCCAGUGUUAACCAGGAGCGGUAUGGUGUUGAUAUCAUAGCAACCGGGAGUGGUAUGGUGUUGAUAUCAUAGUAACCAGGAGCGGUAUGGUGUUGAUAUCAUAGUAACCAGGAGUGGUAUGGUGUUGAUAUCGUGUGUAUCUAAAGAGCAAAAGGAGAGUGCAUUGUGGCUCGUGAAAUGAUUGACGCGUGAAUUGGAUAAGCUUUUAUUUUCGGAGCAAGUUUGGCCGUGUGUCAAGUGUUUGCAGACGGAAGGAAUAUCUUAUUGAAGAGUCUGUGAGUGUAAAAUGUUGCAACUGUGGCGGGGAUCAUAUAUCUGAAUUCCCAGAGUGCCCUGUUAGGGUGAAAAAGGUUUAGGUGUCAAGGAUCAUGGCUGGACAGCAAAUCUCCUAUGUGGAGAGAGUUGAAGGGCAAGAGGAAGAAGAUCUGCCGGUGGAUGCACCGCAACCAGUUGCAAAUGUUAUACGUCAAUCAAUGGAUCUGGAUAAUCUUAUUGCGAAGGUGGAUUUUGUAGCAUUUUAUAGCCACAGUUAUUAUUUGUACUGCACAAGUGUCCAAGAAGCUGGACAUCAUUAUAUCUGCAGCCCGAGAAGUUUUUGGGCCUCCCAAGACUUAAUGGCAGAAGCACUGCAAGGGCUACUGUCACCGGGAAAUGUCCCGCCAUCACAGGAUCCUUCUGAGCCUGUGUAGGGACCUGAUUAAAACAGAAAAGCAGGCUGAUUUAGUUUAAUUAACAUUUUAGUUAUUGAUAGUUGGUAUGGAGUUAUUUUGUAUCCCGCAUUUUUUUCCUUUUCGGAUCUUUAUUAUCUACCUGUACAGUAGGUGGCGGAAUGCAAAUAUAAUUGUUUGCGAACGCCAUUUAUACCGACGAAACAUUUGCCCAGUGUAGGCUAUAGCCUAGACGUUUCAGUCUCAAUAAUCAUGACUUAGUGACCGCCCCACGUCCAGUCACUGCCACUGACAACUAUCUUGUUUAAUUCUGUCACAGGUUGAGAGAAUUGUGGACAAACGGAAGAACAAAAAGGGAAAGAUGGAGUACCUGGUCCGCUGGAGGGGAUACGGCUAUGAGGGGGACACCUGGGAGCCCGAGUCGCACCUCUCCGCCUGCAUGGAGUUCAUCCACCAUUUUAAUCAGUCACACGGCGAAAAACAGAAAGACGGCACUUUACUGCGCUCCACUCAGAGCUCUCCCAGCACGGCCCACAGCCACGGUUCGAGCAACAACGCCCGCAAGCAGAUCUGCAGGCCUCAGCCACACAGUGGCAAUAGUGGAGCAGGAAGCCAUGCUCUAGUGAGACCCGCCUCUUCGCCCACCACAGCAGCUACGGCCGUCUCGAAACGGCCGCAGCAACAACAGUUGCCACCACUUGACUCUAGCCUGGCAGAUGCCAAAACGGACACACAGCAGCUUAACUUGAGCCAAAAGUACAGCGAUUCUACCACCUGUGCUGUUUCUAGUCCAAGCUUCACAAGUGGGCCUGUGGCUUCUCCAGUGGGCACGGCGCGUCGGAGCAUGGACCUGGCCAAGUCCGGGAUCAAAAUCCUGGUGCCCAAAAGCCCCAUGAGCAGCUGGGUGGACUCUGAGGAGUCGCCCAGCGAGGCGGCCCACAGUCUGGAGCAUGGGGGUCAGGAGCAGGACUCUGUCCCCCCAGAGGUGGCCCUGUUGGAGAAGCCUCUGGGGGUGCUGCUGGGGCCCGGGGAAGAAAGGGCGCGCAUGGGGACCCGGCCCAGGACUCAAAGCCAAAUCCCAUUGAUCCCUCAGCAAGUCCCCAUAACACCCGCAUCCAUACGCACCCUCAAUGGGAAAGGUAAGGCUUUUUCAAUAGACUGCAAUAUCUGUGUUGUGCCGUUUACUGAACCGAAGGUCUUGUAGUUGUACAUUCAAAAGUCAUAAACACUCCAUUGUUGGGUUGCCUCUGAUUGGACCCGUUUUAUAAUUGGAAGACCAGAUGCUGCUGGAAGUUGUGUUGGAGUACGUAUGAAGGUACAACUUCUCGUUCUGGUCUAAGUAGACCACAAUGCCCGAGGGGAGUGAUUGGGGACACUGCCACGCAAAUCUUUACUUUAGGCCAAUUCCAUUUCACCUCAGUGUUCACUCAUUCAUGAUCAAUUAACUCAAAUUUGGUGCACUGUUAAUCUAUUGUUUUAGUAGAACAGAAGGGAAGCCCAGAAAAGCACCGGGACCUACUCAUGACAUUUUACAUUUACGUCAUUUAGCAGACGCUCUUAUCCAGAGCGACUUACAGUUAGUGAGUGCAUACAUUUUCAUACUGGCCCCCUGUGGGAAACGAACCCACAACCCUGGCGUUGCAAGCGCCAUGCUCUACCAACUGAGCUACAGGGGACUACAUGCAGUACCAAAUAUUUAAUUUAGCUGAUUAUUAAAACAGACAAUAUUAAGAAAGGCAGAGUCACCAAAUGCUUCCCAUUUCCAUCCCCCUGUAUCUUUGUGUUUUUUUUUUUUUAUUUAUUUUUUACCACCAGGUACAUCGACACUCAUGGAGGCUCUGGCAGCCAACGGGACGGCUAACCUGCAGCAGAGUGCCGUGGCGCGAGUCACCGCCGUCUCUGGAGUGGCAGGGAAACGACGCUUCGAAGAGCAGCGCUCGGUCUUCGACAAGCGCCUUCGGUUCAGUGUCCGGCAGACGGAGAGCGCCUAUCGUUACAGGGACCUCGUCGUCAAAAAGCAGGACGGCUUCACCCACAUCCUGCUCUCCACCAAGACCUCGGAGAACAACUCACUCAACCCCGACGUGAGUUGUACGCCUGCCUUGUCUUUCUGCCUGUCUGUCUGUCUCUUUGCCCUAACAAAACAAUCGUUAUUAUAGCAUGACAGUUGGCGCUACAGGCCAAAAUUAGUAGUAUUUUAUAGUUUUGUUAUGCCAACAUUUCCAAACUGUUGGUAGUCAAAUAUAAUUGAGCAAAAUAUCUGAAAAGAAAGUAAAAUACUGGUCCUUCAAACAUAUAUUGGGAUGGUUUCCUGGACACAGAUUAAGUCCUAGACUAAAUCAAUUAUUUCCAGUGAUCAUUCUCCAUCGAAAGGGCUUCUUAGUCCAAGACUAGGCUUCAUCUGUGUCCGGGAAACUGGCCCAUAAUAAUAGAAAAUAUUUUUGAAUACCUCUCCCUCUCUUGGCUGCCUCAGGUGAUGAAGGAGAUGCAGAGUGCCAUGGCCACGGCGGCGGCAGACGACAGUAAGCUGGUCCUGCUGAGCGCCGUGGGCAGCUUCUUCUGCUUCGGCCUGGACUUCAUCCACUUCAUCAGGCGGCUCACCGACGACCGCAAGAAGGAGAGCAUCAAGAUGGCCGAGACCAUUAGGUAGGUCGGAACGCUUACCUCUGUGUCUAUUUUUUAUAUGGAUGAUUAUCAAGGUUGGAAGGGACACAUAGAUGGCUCAACUUCCUCCUUUCUCGAUUGUCCAAAAAUCUGUCCUCAUCCUUACCUUCAUCUGCACUGAUUUAGAGAAAACUAAAUGGUGGAAGCUUAUCAUUAGGCUGGCUUUCAUCUCUGGUCAGUUCUUUCAGAUCAGUGCAACUGACAGAUUUGUAGACAGUUGUCUCAAAUCAUCGGUUAUUUUGAACUGGUCACUCUCCCGAGUGGCGCAGUGGGUCUAAGGCACUGCAUCACAGUGCUAGCUGUGCCACUAGAGAUCCUGGUUCGAAUCCAGGCUCUGUCAUAGCCGGCCGUGACCGGGAGACCCAUGGGGCGGCGCACAAUUGGCCCAGCGUCGUCCAGGGUAGGGGAGGGAAUGGCCGGCAGGGAUGUAGCUCAGUUGGUAGAGCAUGGCGUUUGCAACGCCAGGGUUGUGGGUUCGAUUCCCACGGUGGGCCAGUAUAAAAUAAUAAUGUAUGCACUCACUAACUGUAAGUCGCUCUGGAUAAGAGCGUCUGCGAAAUGACUAAAAUGUAAAUGUAAAAUGUAGAAUGCUAGCUGUGUGUUGUAGUGUCAAGCGUUGUAAUAAUGCCACAGAAGACGGUGAUGCAGACCCAGUCUGUCAUUUCCCAUCCUUAGGACAUUCGUGAACACCUUCAUCCAAUUCAAGAAGCCCAUCGUCGUAGCUGUGAACGGGUCAGCGGUGGGCCUCGGAGCCUCCAUCCUCCCGCUGUGUGACGUGGUCUGGGCCAACGAGAAAGCCUGGUUCCAGACGCCCUACACCACCUACGGACAGACACCCGACGCCUGCGCCUCCAUCACCUUCCCUCGCAUCAUGGGCGUGGCCUCGGUGAGUUCACACAGUGUUGGCUGAAAACCCUGCACAUUCUCAGAAGGGGGAGUGGUCUAGCAUUGCAAUACAGAUAUUGUGUGGGGAACUGGUUUUAAGUGUAGCACUCCCUGGGCCGGUUUCCCGGAGAUGGGGAAUCACCAUUUUACCUACUUUUUACUCCAGGACUAGGUUUUUAAUCUGUGUCUGGAUUUGGUCAGUGAAAAACUGAUAUGACAGUGAUUUGGGGUGGUCUAGCGGUCUCUAGAUGUACUGCUGCGAUCAUGGGUUUGAAUCAAGCGUCCGUGCUUCACAACGGGUCAAUGAAGGUUGGGUUUUGAUUUGACUAUGUCCAUUUUUCCCCACUAAUUUCCGGGUGUACACUACACAACUUUUAAAAUCCUGACAUCGCUGAACCUCUCACAUUAAACGAUCUGGCACAGACUACAAGAUUCCUCACUCGGUCGUGACGAUUCUUGAUACCACCACGCUGUCUCGUGAAAACAGUGACGUGAUUAGAUUGUUAACGUAGCUACAACGAACUGUGGCUCAAAGCCGUCUCAUAAACGUUAUCGGUCACAUUCACGCUUGCCAUACAGAGUUGAAGUAUCUAGACAACAUUUUUUGAAUUGAAUAACAUUGCUCGUGAACUUCAGAGCUGUAACGAUUUGACGCUUUGGUUAAAGGCAAGUACAGACACAUAUAAUAAUAUAAUAAUAUGCCAUUUAGCAGACGCUUUUAUCCAAAGCGACUUACAGUCAUGCGUGCAUAAAUUUUUUGUGUAUGGGUGGUCCCGGGGAUCGAACCCACUACCUUGGCGUUACAAGCGCCGUGCUCUACCAGCUGAGCUACAGAGGACCACAUACAUACUAGUAGUACUUGGGGUGAACCGCUGCGGUGAUUGCUCGCCAUUCAAUAGCAUAGACAGUGAGACCGACCGGCCCAUCAGCUCCGACUUUGUUUACAUAAGACGACACGUUACCGCAUUUCUUUAACUUGAGAAAUACUGCACCAAAACACCUUGUCAAAUUGCAUAACUAAAACAUCCUCUGCAAAAAACUUAAAACAUUUAUUACAGAUUUCUUUCUUUAUCUUAGAUUCAUUCUGGGGAUUUUGAGGAAGUGACAGGUUUCCGCGUCUACACUGUCUCAUGAGGGACAAACAUCAUUAACCAAACUCGGGAAUCGGUCAGGAAACACGCCUCCAAGACUGAAAUCUCGUUUUUUUCUCUCUAAUGAGCAACAGAAAAACACACGUGCCAAUCGUCGUGUUCAGUGGCUCUUUAACCUAUAACCUUUAACCUCUCUCCCUCUUCUCCCAGGCCAAUGAGAUGCUGCUGAGUGGGAGGAAGCUGACAGCCCAGGAGGCCUGUGCUAAAGGCCUCGUGUCCCAGGUGCUGUGGCCCGGGACUUUCACUCAGGAGGUGAUGGUUCGCAUUAGGGAGCUAGUCUCUUGUAAUUCAGUUGUAAGUCAUCCUUUUUAAUUUGAUUUAGACGUUUUUUUUUUUUUAUAUUUCUACAGUCACGGUACGCACCUCCCCGCCCCUCCCUCUUUUGUCUUUUGUUGUCACGUUUUUGUCUCAUCAAAAAACGUAAACAUUACCCCACUGACACUCAUAAACGCACACUACAUCCACCAACAGCGGCCGCUUGAAUUGUUAACUUUUCAAUAUCUCCCAACCCGAAACAGAACCAAGAGUGUGUUUUUACAAUAAUAUGCUUUUAGCAAUACAUUGAAUUGAGAUCAAGCCACAAUAUCUGGAUGUCGCAGACUUUCUCAUGAAUCGUCUGUGCAGACAUUGUUGACAUAAGAGUGACCUCUUGUCCCACAAUUAAUGGUUAAGCAAAAUCUAUGCCAAUAUCCUUCCAUAUCCAUAAGUCAUUUUCCUUUCCUUUUCCCACCGGGGUGGGGUGGGGGGGGCCUCUGCUGCACUGUAGGUCCUGCGGGAGUCCAAAGCACUGGUGCGAAAUGCAAACCGGGCUGCCCUGGAGCAGGCCAACGAACGCGAGUGUGAGGCGCUGAAGAGAGUGUGGGGCUCCUCGCAGGGGAUGGACUCCAUCCUCCAAUACCUGCAGAAGAAGAUUGAUGAGUUUUAAGGAAAGCUUGCCCCCUUCAGUGGGGGAACCAGACAAACAGCACUGGGAGUGCAACGGGUUCAACCCACCAUCCCUCUUGUGUGUGUGAUGAAUUGUAUGUGUGUUUGUGCAUUGAGAAGGGGGCCAGCUAAAAAUAACAUUUUGUAGACGUUGCUGCUGGACCUUUAAAUCUUCCUAGCAUCCUGGUGACCAUGUGUUGACCCUUUACCCAAUAACCCCGGCCUUCGACCCUUUACCCAAUAACCCCGGCCUUCGACCUUUUACCCCAGUGUUUCCCAACCCUGGUCCUCCAGUACCCCCAACAGUACACAUUUUUAUUGUAACUCUGGACAAACACACCUGAUUAAACUUGUCAACUAACCAUCAACAUUUACAUUUACAUUUUAGU